GCUGCGAUCAAGAAGGCGGUCCACCACAGUCUGGUCCCUGCAUUGCACAGCGCGGCGGAACAGUCUGUUCAACGGCCUUCGGGUCAUUGACAGGCGUAUUCUUUGGCACCUUUCCACUUGUGGAAUACUUUUAUCUUUUCAUCGGUCUUUGGGCUAUAUGCUUGAAGGUGAAGAAGAGAUCCACUGUAGAGUAGGCGUAAUCUUAGUAGUAAAUAUAGAGUCUUGUAAGCGGCCACUGCGAACAUGCCCUUUAGCUCGAAACAUGGAACCGGCGUCGCUGCCUAGCAGAGACCCACACCAUAGCAGUCACCUUGUAGCUAUUCCUCGAUGACGUGUUACCAUGUCGCCACAGUCACCAGCUAUAUAAACAAGCAGUAUCCGCAGACUCCUAUAGCAUAGCCACGACAAAUUGAAACCUACAAAUCAAUCCCAUCAUACAUCAGUGUCUGUCUACAUUCCAUCCAAACCACCUCCACCAAAAUGCCCGUCCCAGUCUACAACCCCCAAACCGAAACCAUCGACACGGAGUCGCGCCCCGGCGCGCCCACCUCCCAAACCCACCCUCAGAGCGGCAACAGCGGCGACAGCGCCCGCAGUGGCCAGGCAAACCACCCGUCGAUGAGCAAGGAGGAAGCGGAUCGAUUGUAUGAGGAGCGGAUGGAGGAUGAAUACGCGAAGCGUGAGGGAGGUGCCUAAAUAUACCGACCUGGGAAUCCAGCAGGCGCCUGCGAUGGAGGUUGAGAUCUAUGUGACGAGUUGAUGAGUUACGGACGUG